UGUUUCACACAAACGCUUAACGAAACACGAAAACGAAAGUUGACAAAUCGGGAAGUUUGACUAAUUUUUUUUUUCAACAUGUAAAUUCCAGAUAAAUUUUUAAAAAAGAAAGUUCGGUGCAACAAAAUGUCGCGACUAUUUGACUUAGACCCUCCCGUAGCGGGAAUGAACAUGAAUAUCGAUGAAGACAAAGAUUUGUCUCCGUUUGAUGACGGUGGAAUAAGAAAGGUUUUGAAACAUCAUGGACACGGUGAUGAUUAUCCCAAUGCAGGCGACACUGUAACUCUACGAUAUGUUGCCUAUGUCGGAGAAGAUAUGGCUGAUGAAUAUAUUUUUGAUUCGUCUGAACGCGAUGGAAAGGAUUUUGUAUAUGAAGUUUGUAGAGGUAAGGUUGUGCGAGGUUUUGAGCUAGCUGUGAUGUCAAUGAAGCAAGGGGAGAGAGCUAUUAUUUACCUACAACCAGAGUAUGCAUUUGGUAGAGCUGGUGCCCCACCGAGGAUUCCAAGAGAUACGCCUGUAACCUUUGAUACAACAAUUAUCAAAAUCGAAUGUGAGGAUUUAAGUCUUCAGAAAGACAAGUCCAUAUUGAAAAAAGUGUUGAAGAAAGGGAAAGGCUGGUCUCAACCUAACGAAGGUUGUAUGUUGGAUGUGCAUAUUACAGCUAGUUAUGAUAAUAAGGUAUACCAGGAUGCUGACAUCAAAUUCCCUUUUGGAGAAGGACCUUCUAAAGAAUAUCAUAUUCCAAGAUUUGUAGAGGAGUUUAUAGAUCAGUGGAAGGUAGGGGAGAAAUCUCGUUUGUUUGUGGAAGCCAAACAAGCCUUUGGCGAACAAGGAUAUCCCGAUUUAGGGGUUCCUCCAAAUAAGGAUGUUACAUACAUUAUUGAAAUGAGAAAUUUUGAAAGAGUAAAAGAUAUAUGGGAGAUGAACAAUGACCAAAAGUUAAAGCAGUGUAUGAUGUUUAAAGAGAAGGGAAACAUGUAUUUUGGGAGGGAAGAAUGGAAGCUGGCUCUGAAAUUCUAUGAUAAAAUGUUGGAUUUUGUACAAUAUGAUAUAUGUAUGAAAGGGGAGGAAGAGACCAGGAGACAUGAAGUCAUGGUUUGUGCAUUCCUGAAUAAAGCUUUGGUUCUCCUAAAACUAGAAAGAUACAUGGAUGCUCGGCAUAGCUGCGAUAAAGUCAUAGAAUUUAACAAGAAAUGUGUGAAGGCACUAUACAGAAGAGGAUUGACAUUCUUUUACACAAAGGAUUGGCGUGAGGCGAAGGCUGACUUUGAAAAGGUUAUUGAACUUGAUCCAAAGAAUAAAUCAGCAAGGAACCACAUCAGUAUCUGUAAUCGUAGAAUCAAAGAGUCGGCAGGAGAUGAGAAAAAAUUGUACCAGUCUAUGAUGUCUGGUGUUGGUAAAAUGGGGGGAAAUGACCCACACAUGUACGGAAGUGGAAUGAAUGACAUAGGUGACUGGGACAAUAAUAUGGCACAAGGAAUGAUGACAUUGGAAGAGGAGCGAGAGGCUUUUGGUGAGACAAUGCCUCCAAGGGGAGGUAAUAAUCACGGACAAGAACACUGACACUUAUGUGAUUCAUCAUACCUGAAAUAAAGACGCAAGCCAAUUCAUUCAGAAUCAUCAUUGUGGCAAUAUUAACAAUGAAAUACAGUGCUUGGCACUGAAAUUAAGAAAUUAUUUACUUCUACCCAAAAUUCUUUCUUUUUACAUUACAAAAUUAGAGUGAAGGAAAAGUGAACUUCAAAUUUUUGAAGCUUCCUAUUUUCUGAAAUUUUCUGGUCAUAGUUCAGUGUUGAACAAUAUAAAGUACUCAUUUCUGCAAGUAUUAUUUAAUGUUUCAAGCAUCAUGAUUUAAAAGUUUUAAACCUUAACCUGCUGGGACAGAAAGUGAUCAGCCUUUGAUACUGUGGACCAACUUCAAAGCAGGGCAAAUCUAUUGCACAAAUUCAACAGAUUAAAGGUUUAAAAAAGAGAGGACCCAGUCAGACUGGCUCUGGCAAAUUUAAUUUUUGGUUGAAAUCCUUAUAUAUUGUACAUAUUAUAUUUACAUGAUUAAAGGUUGUAUAUUUGCUUAUGAAUUUUAUGUAUUAUCAUUCAUCAUCUAAAAGCAUGUAUAUUUUAAUUUGACUGGUAUAAUCCAUAUGUAUGCUUGCUGCUUUUUUCUCUACUGCAAGAUUUAGUAUAUACAGAGUUGUAAUAUUAUUUGAAUUUUGUACGAAGCUAUAAGCUUAUAUACAGUCUCUGGAAUCUUAUGAAGACCAUUGUGUGUUUAUUUUACAUACAAACAGCUCUUUUUGUCUGUGUAAUGUUUAAUCUGGUAACAGGAGGCAUUUUUAUUAAAUUACAUGUAUAGAGUUAAAGUCCAAAUCUGGUGUCUUAAUUUUAUUUUGUUGUGAAACUUUUUUCAGAAAUACUCAAAUGAAGAUACAAAUAAAUAGAACUUUUUGAGUCAUACAUCAUUUCCUCAAAAAUGUAAUGUUCAUUGUCAUUGUUGUGCAGAUUUCAUUGGUGUAAUUUUGACAUUUUCCAUUUGAGAUCAUUUGUAACACAUUUACAUUUAUAUUAUCCUGGUAUAAGAGCCUAAUGAUGGGAAAUGUGUCACCUUUUUGAAAAAUAUUAACAUUUUUAUUUGAUGUAUGUAUGUAUUAAAGGAGCUCCACAGAGAUCCAAAAUACAUAAAAACACAAAGUUUAAAAAAAACUCAAGUACAAUGUACAUCAAUUUAAAAAGCACUUGAAACUAAAAAUUAUAGAAGAAAUAAUAAAGAAAUAUACUCAGAAUUGAACUAAAAAUUAAUAAUAAGUGUGACUUAUAGCCCGAUAUGAGUUGUUACCUUUUUGAUUUUUGGUUGUUUUGUGCAACAAAAAUUAUUAUUCUGGAAAAAAAAGACAGAGUGAGCACAUGAUCUGAAAUUUUGUACACAAGUUAUUGGUAAAGAUUUUAUCAAAUGGUAUACAAAACUUGAAAAAGUAGUCUCAUCAUGUUAAAAAAACCUCCGUGGAGUUCCUUUAAAUUAGAAUGACAUUUUCUUCGCUAUAACUCUUUUCAGAUAAUCAUCAUAAUGAUCAUAAGAAUCUGGAAUUGGGAAACAAUAUAAAGUAGCUACAUUAUAACUUUGAAAAGUUUAACAAAUAUUAUGCCGAAGUUGUUAAAUCUCCCUCAGAUGCUGUGGGAAUUAUUUUUAUAUGUGAACAUGUGAUGUUUACUUUCAUAUAAUCAGUAUCAUCUUAAUUAUAUCAUCAUCAUGUACAUCAGAAAUUCAUGUUGUCUGCCAUUUGUGUGUGUCAUCCUUAUUUUCAAGUUUUUUGCAAUAAAAUUGGAAUUAACAA